AUGGAUAUUGUGCCCGCUGAUGAAUGUCGCUAUAAGUUCCAUAACUCACGAUGGAUGGUGGCUGGUAAAGCGGAUCCGGAAAUGCCAAAACGCAUGUACAUACAUCCGGAUAGUCCAGCUACCGGUGAGCACUGGAUGGCCAAAGGGGCGAACUUUCAUAAAUUGAAACUGACCAACAAUAUUUCGGAUAAACAUGGCUUUGUAAGUUUUUCCCUUUUUUUUUUCGGCUUUCUUAAUGGCCCAGCUUCUUGCAAAACCUUUCGAAUUUCAAAUAGCGCAAGAUGUGCCUUUUUUGCUUCACUGUUUCAGUUUUGA